CUUUCGGCCACUCGUAUCAACCUUGUGGGGACGGAGAAGAAUUCAUAUUUUUAUUAAGGAUCCGAUCAUUCGGAAACGAGAGGGAAGGAGCCCGAUUUCAAAUCUUUUGUCGUCAUGGGAAAUUCCGGAUUAAACGGGUGUCGAACGCCAAAAACUACGCAAUAUUCCUAAACGAGACCGAAGUUUGUGAUACCACGGAUGGAAUGAGGAUCUCACUCGGGGACAUUUUCGUCGUCGCGGAACGUGUCCGAUUGAAACCUGCCGACCAACCCUGGUGGAAACCAAAAUGGAAAGUUUUUUCAAAGAAAAAUCUGCAGAGUAAGAAUAGUCCAGGAUAUUUUCAACACACGUGCGUUUUCAGCUUCCAGGCCAGAAGCAUUCUGACAACGUUCGACCCAAGUGAGUAUUAUUCACUACCAAAAACCGAAUAUUUCCCAAGUGAUUCAACCGAAUCCUACAGCGCACUAGAGAAUACGUUGAUCCUUUCCAAAAUUUUUUCCCACUUGGCCCCCUCAACAUUAAAGAAUUGCCGCCUAGUGUCAUCCUUCUGGGAAAGUGAAGCCGUUCCCAUGCUGAAGUCCCGGUCCGAAAUUCGGUUCCAAUUUUAUGCCUACCGCGAACCUUCCAAGUCGACGAGAUUUUUCCUCUAUAGACAUGAAAUGUUACCCUUCGCCCAUCCCAAUUGGCACGUGGACCUCAUCGAUACCGGUGAAACGGUCAUGUUUUGCAAAUUAAGGUCCGAUUUCGAUAAAGUUCUCGAACAAAAUUGUGGACCGAUCCGCCGACUGAGUUGUGUUUACUGUCCGACAAUAAAUAACGUGCUGUUGGUUAGGUUGUUGAAUCGCCUGGCCGGUUCGUCGGAUUGGAGAUCGGAAAGGUAUGGAAAUUUGACGCGUUCCUUGAUAAAACUAACUAGGAGGGUGUCCGCGCUGUAUUUGAGGUCUUACAGUGCCCCGAUGAAUGCGCAUUAUUUGCGGGAAAUUGUAUCGAGUAAGGAAUCAUAUCCGAGGUUGAGGGAUGUUCGGAUUAGAAAAAUUAAUUGGGAUGGGAUGGAAGCGUUGCGGGGUUUAAAAGCGGGUUUGGUUAGACUGGAGAUUAAUUGGUUUUCUGACGAGUGUGAGAUUCGACAGGUGGAAAAGGUCGUUCAAAGACAGAGAGAUUCGUUGGAGUUUUUGUAUCUAGAAGUGCCCCCGGACUGGGGGGUUUUUGAUGUAGGGGAGAUGCCUUACUUGAAAAGGAAAUACAUUUUGUUUAGACGGGUUUAAAUAAUAGAUGAAAAUGCUCGACUCCUUUUUAGGCCUCUUUCUUUACUCUGAAUUAUAUUCAUAGCCUAAUAGACUCAGGAACACACGCUGUUAUCUACAGUACGUAACUUAAGUAUAGCUACAAUAUACUAAAGGUUCAAAAGGCUAGAUCUACAACCUCUUGUUUAUACCUAAUUAUAUUCAUACGUACAUUGAUUGGGGACCCAUUUCACGCAUUUCUUAAAGGUUUUAAAUUUAAAUUUCAGAAAAUGAUGUAAUUUAAUGAAUUUUCAGAUGAAUUAAAUUUGUAUGAAUAAAAUACAAGCUUGAUUUUAUAAAAUACAAAAUUAAUGAAUUUUCCUUUGUAUUGUAAUACAGAUCUGAAUAUACAUAUUAUUUAAAUUACACAGAAUUUAAUUAAGCAGGAAAUGAAACCUCCACAGAUAUUGGACAUUUA